GAAACAACGCACGUUCACAGUGAAAACUGUAACGCUGGCUUUGUUACGAGCAGAUAGACUGUCCACUGAGAGGCUCUCUAAGUAGUUUGCUGCUAAAUCAUACGUAUUUCUGGUCUCACACACACACACACACACACACACACACACACACACACACACACACACACACACACACACACACACACACACACACACACACACACACACACACAAUACUAAUACCUUCGCCAGGUUAAUAUUUUCGCCCGUGUGUGUACGAUUGCGAGCUUAUUUGCGAACGUAGCACUCUGGCAGCAUUUUGUGGAAACAGAUAAGACGCCUGUGUCACACACGCAGUGUUGUAAAGAUCAUGUGAUAACUGAGUGCAUGUUCGGUAUUAUCUGUAUCAAGGGCAGUGUUGGACGGCGACAGAUUGCGGAGCAGGAAAUCACCAUCGCUGCUUAGUACUAAUUUUUUCAUCUAUAUACGCACCCAAUUAUGAGCAGUUCAUAUGUAUAAUAUUGGUGGUGACGCCUGUGAGAAUCUAUGCAACUAGGAAUGUUAUUCACUGACCAAGCUGACCACUGGUAUUAGUGGGAAGACGUAUUCCUAGAAUGCAGUUGGGUGCAGUUUGAGGAAACCCGCCUUCUGUCGAAUCGUGUUAAUGAACAUCUGUUGAACAACUGCACGUCACAGCUGUGGUUUAAAAUGUACCAAGUUGUUUUUUAAUGCUAUUUGGCUUUGGAGUUUUAAAAAUGCUACUGAACUGCGUUGUUCUGACUAUUGGCCAGAUAUCAGGAAGUGAAGUGAAGCUCCGCGCGGAGGCUGAUCAUCCACCUCUCCACAAUUUUAUGGCCAGUUCACACAGAGAAAGACUCGAAGCGCUGGGUUUUAUGGGUGCAAAUAGCCUUCGGUUGCUAGGUGGACCCACUCAUGCCCUGUUUAACUGCUAGAAAUCAUAAAGGCCUUUCUACAGCAGGUGUUUGUGCGGCUGUUGAGCUCAACAAAGGCCGUUUGGAACAUUUCAUCUUCUUCACUAGAUAAUAAAUGUUUGAGUUUUCAGACACGUCCAUUUUAGAGCUUUUCCAUGUGCACUGAGCCUCAGCUUGAAUACAGUGCAUGCUGUCUGAGGAGCUGUGGAUCCAGGCGGCCUGAUCUCCCCGCCUGGUUAAAAAGUAAUCUCUCUGUCACUCUGUGUCUGUGUGCUCCGUCCCUCGUCUCGCUGCGCUUGUGUUUCAGCUUCCUCUUUUUCCACUGAUAUGACUGUUCGCAACCGACACGCUGUGACUAAGCAAACUCAUUUCUCUUUCUCAACAAAGUUAGUCAUUUAUGUUGAUGAGCGCUGCUGUAUUGUCCCUAGGGCAGUAAUGUAAGGUCAUGUUGCUGCUUUUGUCUGUCUGUGUUGGAGAGAAGUGAAACAACAAAAACAUGAAUUGCGAUACAGUGCGUCCAUUUUAACUCAACACAUUGGGAAAUAUCGAAAGUCUCACCUACAAUAUGAUCAUAGGGGCCUUUUUAUUUAGAAUGGUUAUAUUAGACUCUAUUAGCAUUAAGUUUAAGCAUCGUGAACAGUUUGAUGAACAAACUGUUGCAUUGAACCCAAAGACUGUGUUUGUGGCGGCGGUAACAGCAGCUAUCAGUGUUUUCCACUUCACUUUGUGUCUUUAUAGAUUAUAUCUGCUGAGGCAGUGAUGCUAUUAUUGCACUAUUGAUUAGAUUAGGAGGCCUAGGGAGGAGACACACACACACACACACACACACACACACACACACACACACACACACACACACACACACACACACACACACACACACUGCCUGUUAAAGCAGCUCUCCCAUCAUGCAGCAGAUCAUGACCAAGCUGCACAGCUGCACUCAAAGAGAGCAAGUUGUCCUCCAAAAUGUGAUGAAAUCCAUUUCCAGUUAACAGAAAGUGGAAAGAAGACACAGGAGAAGGGAAAUGGCUCCUUCAUCACUGUUGAUCCAUGUCAGUGAUUAAGUGCGAGUGAGUAGGACAGAUAAGUAAUGCGUGAUAAGGCACAACUCCUCCCUUCUCCUUGUUCUCGGCCCAAUGAGAUGGGAUCAUAGCUCCUUUCUGCCAGGGAUCUCCUUCGUCAUGUCUGUAAGAAUUAGAUGCAGGAGGAAAAAAACUGGGUAGAGAAGCGUGUGAGGAGAAAAGAAGAGAGAGGAACACCGGACCGAAACAGGAAUGAAGUAUCCUCCUGCUCCUCAGAGUAAAUCUAUGUUAGAUAUGGAGGUAGCCAACUACUGCGAAGGCCUGGAUCCCUCAUACAGCACUUUGGGCUUUGAGAAUGCUGAGGUGCUUUAUGGAGGAGGAGACAGCAUGCCCACGGAGCCGAGCCUGCCGGGCCCAGACGGGUUCAACAGUAACUGCGCCAUCUGCGGCGACAAGGCCACGGGGAAACACUACGGCGCCUCCAGCUGCGACGGCUGCAAGGGCUUCUUCCGACGCUCCAUACGGAAGAGCCACGUCUACACCUGCAGGUUCAGCCGACAGUGCGUCGUGGACAAAGAUAAGAGGAAUCAGUGUCGCUUCUGCAGACUCCACAAGUGCUUCAGGGCUGGCAUGAAAAAAGAAGCUGUGCAGAACGAGCGAGAUCGGAUAAGCUCCAGAAGAAGCAUCCCCGACUCCCAGGACCUUCCCACCAUCAGCAUUUUGGCCCAGGCGGAAUCCUUCUCCCAGCAGGUCACCGCUUCGGCUGGAAUAACAGACGUACCGGAGCAGAAGUCCGCCACCGUCGGGGACGUGUGCGACUCCAUGCGGCAGCAGCUGCUGGUGCUGGUGGAGUGGGCCAAAUACAUCCCUGCCUUCGGGGAGCUGCCGCUGGACGACCAGGUGAGCUUGCUCCGGGCCCAUGCGGGCGAACACCUUCUGCUGGGGGUCGCCAAAAGGUCAAUGCCGUUCAAAGACCUCCUGCUUCUAGGUAACGACUGUGUGAUCCACAGGAACAGCCCGGAGCCAGAGAUAUGCAGGGUCGCUAACCGCGUGCUGGAUGAGCUGGUUCAACCCUUUCAAGAUAUUCAGAUAGACGACAAUGAGUAUGCGGCGCUCAAGGCUAUUGUCUUCUUUGAUCCAGGUAAUAAUGCAAAGUCACUGCGUGACCCUGCGAAGAUCAAGGCCCUGCGUCUGCAGGUUCAGAUGAGCUUGGAGGACUACAUCAACGACCGGCAGUACGACUCCAGGGGUCGCUUCGGGGAGCUGCUGCUCCUGCUGCCCACCCUGCAGAGCAUCACCUGGCAGAUGAUCGAGCAGCUGCACUUCAUCAGGCUCUGCGGCCUGGCCAAGAUAGACAACCUGCUGCACGAGAUGCUGCUGGGAGGACUCACGGCGGAUCCGGCGCACGGACACCACCCGGCGCAUGCGCAGCUGGCCACCGACCCCGUGACCGGACACACGCUGGUCAUCAGCGCCACGCCGGCGCUCCACGCUCCGCAGACAGCCGCUCCUGACACCCCCAUCCCCUCGCCCCCACGGGGACCCGCUCCAGAUGUGUAUAAGCACUUCUCCCAGCCUCUCUGUGCCCCGGCCAGCCCACCGCUGUCCUCGCAGACGGACCCCUGACCUCUCCCUGCAAACUCCCACGUGAUAAGCUCUCUUGCACUACAGUAGAUUCAACAUCCCAGCUGAAAAGAGUGAGACCACAAGCUCCGUUCAGGGCACGUGGUGGCCCUCUCCUUGGUUACUGGUCACAGAGCUAUAGUUAAAACUGCCAUGUGAAGCACAAACGUAACCAGAGCUCAUAAAAACGAAUUCAUCGUUAUGUAAUUAAGUGAACCUAAUUGUUUUAAUUUAAAAGAUAUCUAUCUAUAUAUAUAUAAGGUCAUCAUCUCACAUUUUUCUCUGGAUAUUAGACUAAGUAAUGUAGUACUGUAUCUUGACUGGUCAAGAACUCAUUGUCUUAUUCAGAGAGAAAAAUACUUUUAUUUGCUGAUAAAGCAGGUAACGUAUAUUUGGUGGUUUGUAUUUAAUACUGCUAUAAAUUAUGGUAUUAAAUACUACUGAGAUAAGAGAUAAGAAAUAUAAAUGGGCAUGUGACAAAAGUUAAUAUGAUCACAAGAAAGGUAUAAUUUUAGCUUAUAAAACUGUGUUAAAGACAAGAAGAAAUAAGAAAAAUAACUGCUGUAAAUAGUCAAGUAAAUUAUUAGACUCCUGAGUUGUAAUCUUUCUCAAUUAUUUCUAAAUCAAUUGUACAUUUUUGACUUCGCUGGUAAUAAAGUGUACAUUUCUUAAUGUAUAAGCAGUAUAAAUUACAAUUUUGAGGAAUCUUCGCCAUAUGUGUACAAGUAAGUUAAGUGAAAUAGAUUCACUCCUGUAACACGGUUGUAUGGUGCGUCCGCGCCCUCUUGCGGCCAACAGUAAAAUUACAAGACCUGUAAAUUGACUGGAUUGCAUAUCCUGUAUAUGCAUCAGUGCGCAAAACGAAACAAGUAGCACGCAUUUAUUUUUUUAUUUUGUUCGAAAUAAUGUUCAAAAUGUUUCAAUUCAUCUGUUGCUGUCUCCCAAUAACAUCAGUACAUAUUUUGUUAAAAGAAAAACAAGUGCUAUAAAUUGCUUUUAUAGGCUGUUUGAUCAUCAAAGGAAACAGCUUAGACAGGCAGAUCAUGACAAAUUGACAGAAAUACAUUUCAGUACGGGUUCCCCACAUGUAGUAAUACUCGGUGUGGUUUGUUCAUUACUUUCCUCAUGGGUGUCAUCAUGGUUUCCUGCAGUUCCACCGCUCGGCGAUGCGCCGUCUGUAUUUAAAGCUUUGCUGGCAAGUAAUUGGGACGGCGCCGCCGGAUGAUGCUGCUCAUCUAAAACCAAACUAGCUUCUGUCGGAGGACACACACUUCCAGGCGAACUCGGAGGCCGCGGCGCGACGUGAGGCGGUGAACCGAGCUGCCUCCGAGCCGCACUUUUCAGCCCGCGGCGUCGUCCGCAUCCGCACACACGCGGCCGCCGCGCGGAGGUUUGUGUGUGCGGUAAAUCAGAGCUCCUGCUCUCUGUGUAUAUCGUGUGACUCAGAGAAAACACUCAGGCUAUUUAUGGCAGAGGAGAUGAUGCUGUCUAGAAUCAACAUGGCCAAAUCCUCCAAUCGGCUCCGUAAUGGACAAGCUACCAAGCUUAGGUCAAAACAACACCACCCAACGGGACAGUGUGCGUGUGUGUGUAUUUAAAAUGUGCUCAGGUGAUGUGUGUACUCCUCUGUAUGUGCUGUGUUUUUUGGAAGCGUGUGUACCCAGGGCGCUUUAAUCAAAGGCCCAUAGUGAGGAGACGUGGGGGCCCCGUCUCCCUCUCCUUUCCCUCAGAUAAAACUCGGCGUUAGCAUGCCAGUCACAUAUCUCAUCUGAGACACGCCGCUCUCCUCCCCACACCUCGCCGCGGCCCACGCUGACAGCACGCCAUUACACGCCGCUAUGACACUCACUUCACCCAAGGAGGACGACGAGGGGGAGAAACACGGGGCUGAGGAGUUGGAGGAGGCUGGAGGAGCACCGGAUGGACAGCGAUGAGGCUUUUUACUGUUUAGCUGCACUUUUGCUCGCGAGGAGAGUUUGAGAUCUGAACCUGUUUCAAAAUAGCUGAGUUUCUUUGCUGAUAUUUACCAAUAUCUAUUUUGUAAAGAUAAGAUAAAGAUAAUGAAAUGUCCAGCAAUAUUUCCUGCGAGGGUGCCAGUAUUUUUAGGCAAUCAAUGAACUUCCCGGUGCAC